AUGUCAAGAGACAGGGUUCUGGCACUCAGAGAUGCUUUUCACGUGGUUGAUGCUUCCUCUGCCCCAGAUAAUAAUAUUAAAGUGUGGAAAGUACAUCCAGUUCUUAAUGCAGUAAGAAAUGUGUGCCUCAGUCUUCCACAGGAUCAUGUUACUUAUUCAGUUGACGAACAAAUGAUACAAUUUACGGGUCACUGCCCACUGAGGCAGUUUGUAAAAAACAUACCUCGACCAGUUGGGUUAAAGAACUUUGUGCUUACUACAUCAGCUGGUCUUGUAUUACACUUUGAAGUAUAUCAAGGUGAUUCAACUCCUCUACAGACUAAGGAGUUUGGAUUAGGCCCUUCUGUGAUAUUAAGAUUGGCUCAAACUUUACCUCAAGAAAGCUUCAUCUACCUUGAUAAAUAUUUUACAUCAUUGCCUUUACUGGAGAAAUUGACUGAAAUGGAGCUCUAUGGAAGUGGAACAAUAAUGGCCAACAGACUAAAGGGCUUGCCUCUCACUGACACAAGCAAGAUGGUUCAUGGACAGAGUAUAGAACAUGUUGCUGAAAACUGUGAUUUAGUAGUUGUAGAGUGGAAAGACAGCAACAAAGUAAUCAUGGCUUCAAACUGCUGUGGCUCCACACCGACUGAGGCUGUGCAACAUUGGUCCAAAAUUGAUAACAAACACAUUGAAGUCGAUUGUCCUUCUGUGGUGCGCAAAAUAUAA